AUGAUAUCUAACCUAAAAAGAAAAAUACUCGAUCUGAAUAUAUUCGAAACUGAAGCGACCUGGUUUGAUGAUCAACAUCGCCAUUCACAAAUUAUCGCUACUCGUCUCUAUUUUCUCUUGUUUAUUGUAUGCUUCACUGUCAUCGUUACAUAUACAUCAUUGAGUACUCAUACACAACUUACGAAAAUUGAUCAACCAUCACCGGUCAUAUUUGACGAACUCAGAACGAAUCCAACUCUUGAUUGUCCGUGUCAAAAUAUCACCAUUCCGUAUAGUUCAUUCGUUUUGAUUUUUCCUCACUAUCAUCAACUUUGUUCCAGUGAUUUUGUCUUAAAUAACAAAUGGAUCAAUUUGUUGUACUUCCGUUGGGCAAGUUUCAAUUACACAUAUGACGAUUAUCGUCUCUUUGUUGUACCUCAAUUUAAAUGGCUUGUCUCUCUAUGUACAUUUGCUAAUCAAACGUUGAACGACGCAUUAGCAUUCUUCUUGUCGAAUACACUAUUCACCAGUGAAGUUCAAUCUCGUGAGACAAUUGAAACGCAAGUUAAUGCUAUUCUUAAUCAAUUUCGCUCAUCAACCUCUCGCAGUUUUAUGAGAACAUUCGAUUUAAUUCGUAGCAUAACACAAGGUAAUGGAAUCAUGUCAUCAACAUGGUCGAAUUGGUAUUUUCCUGUAUUAGAAGCAAACUAUAGCUAUACUCCAUUAUGGACUGAGCCUCGAUCAUACGGCACUACAAAUUGUUCAUGUGGAACAAAUCCUACGUGUAGCACACCAGCGAUUAUAGGCGAAUGGCUUGUGCCUGGGUUUCGUGUUGGAUGUUCUCCACUUGAAGCACUUCUACAAUCGACACUCGAAUGUCUCUACAAUAUGACAUGUAUAGAAAGACUUCAGUCAAUAUAUCAGAUUACUAAUAUCACUAUGCAACCACUUAAUCCAACCCUCUCGAAUAGUAAUGCCACCGUCCAAUCCCUAAUUGAUGGGCUUAUGGUCGAUUGGUGGAAAACGAAUAUUACCUACGAUGGAUACUAUUUUGCAUGUGGACCAUUGUCAUGUACCUAUUCACGUUAUGAACAAUUUAGUGUUGUUUAUAUUAUGAAUAUCAUUAUGGGAUUAUGCGGAGGAUUGAAAGUUGCGCUUCGAAUUCUUGUUCCCAUUCCAGUAAAAAUAGGCCUCAAGAUAAUCCUACGCUACCGUCAACGGCAAAUUGUUCAAGCAACUGUCACUACCAUCAGGUAUAACCAAUAA